ACCGGAACGGGCAGAUUGACUUUCUUUAUCCACCAGCUACGGCUUGCGUGCGAGUGACGCUUCGAGUGUGCUCUCUGACCGCCGAACAAAGUGUAGUUAACAGCCGAGUGAAGCGUAGUUACCUAGGACAUUGUACACAGCGCCUACCGAUCAUCCGUUCGAGCGGCUCGUGAGAUGGUCAAACCUGGGACUAAAACGUUAAGCGAAAACUCGUUCUGCGGCAUUCGCAACCGUCGAAUACGGGUUGCGUUUGUACUGCGUGUGUUGUUUGUGCUGUGUCUUGGUUCGUUACACGUGUUAAAUCUUGCCCUAGCACCGAGUCCCAGCAAAGCAAGCAAUUAUGGCGCCCAGUCAGCAAUGGACGACGGUACUGUUGGUGCGCGCAGGCUACUAACAAUUCCUCAAAGUGAAGUAGAACUGUUGGAUCUGCUUAACGGAACGUUUCCACCGGAGCUCAGCACCAGCGUUACAGCGGAGGACGGAAUUACCAACGCUACCGAUCGUCCAGCAACUGAGCGCAACUGUACACCGGCCGCCAUCUUUGAAUUUCCAUCCGAUGGAUUUACGCGCGAAGAUCGACGACACGGUUGGAUAUUGGUGCACGUGGUCAUUGCCUGCUACUGCUUCUGGCUGCUUGCCAUCGUGUGUGAUGACUACUUUGUUCCUGCGAUCGAGCUGAUGUGCAAAAAGUUACAGGUAAAGGAAGAUGUCGCGGGUGCAACGUUUAUGGCUGCAGCUUCCUCUAGCCCGGAGUUGUUCAUCAAUUGUGUAGGCACGUUCGUCACGAAGGGUGAUCUGGGUGUGGGAGCCGUCGUAGGAUCGGCUGUGUUUAAUAUUCUAGCGGUACCAGCCGUUUGCGGACUCUUAGGCGGACAGGUCGUGCAACUAAGAUGGUGGCCCGUGACACGAGAUUCCAUGAUGUAUGGAAUGGCGGUGAUAGGUUUAAUUGCGGUCCUCUACGAUGGCCGGGUAAUGUGGUACGAGGCCACAGUUUUAGUAUCGGCAUACGUGUUUUACAUUACAGCGAUGUACUGCAACGAUACGAUCAAUCGCUUUAUGUCGAAAACUUUCCGCCGAAAAUCAUACAUCCGUCCGUACACGGAGGUAACGGAAAUUUCGCCACUCCUUUCCAACGGAGCAAAUGGAAAGUCAACACCUGCUGCUGCUGGUAACAAGAACGGUACCAAUGGCCAACAUGCCUGCGACAGCGAUGCUAGCGAUGACAGCUUCGAGGAGUACGAGUUGGCGACCUCACCCUGGAACCAUCGGGACGACAGCCUGCUGGCGUUUGUGUGCCGCUGGCCAAUCACCUUCAUACUGUGGGCAACCAUCCCAGACUGUCGACGCUAUCCUCGCCUACGUCUGGUAACAUUCUUCGCCUGUAUCUUCUGGAUUGGCAUUACGUCGUAUUUUGUCGCGUUCCUCAUUACGGUCGUCGGUGAUACAAUCGACAUACCGGACUCAGUGAUGGGACUAACGUUUCUGGCGGCAGGUACCAGUGUGCCGGAAGCAGUGUCCAGCAUUAUCGUAACGAACCAGGGUCACGGUGAGAUGGGUAUUAGCAAUUCUAUCGGAUCGAACACGUUUGACAUUUUGCUGUGCCUUGGACUGCCAUGGCUAAUUAAAUCGCUCGCCUUCCCGGCCGUCCCAGGUGAACGGUGGGUUACGCUCAACUCGUCCGGGCUUACCUACUCUGCCAUCUCCUUAUUGUCGACACUGUGCGGACUGUACCUUGCGUUUUGGUGCAAUCGGUUCAAACUUGAUUGGAAGGUGGGAUUGACCUGUCUUUCGAUGUACAUUGGCUUCCUUACGGUGUCAAGUCUGAUCGAGCUGAAUGUGUUUUUCCCAGUGAAUCUACCCACUUGCGCCCACUGAUAUUCAGACGAUGGUGCUACGAAGGGACAAUCGAUUAACGGUAGUUUGAAAUUCUUCGAGCAUGACUAGUGCAGGAUCAAUAACUAAUCUAUAGAUUGUUAGCGAGUAGGAUUAAUGUGUUGAAAGGCUAUUUAAAGUAUGAUUUUAUCGUGAACAAACAAAUUUAGCUGCGAUCAAUAAAGAAGAUACAUCAAGAUAAAA